UUUUUUUUUUAAUUUCUCCAUGUUUGUGGAAGAAGGGCGUAACAUCGUUAACCCUGUCGGAGGGGGACUCGACUCGGUGUAGGCAAGGGUUUGGGGUUUUGAGGGCCUGUCCCAUGAAAGAAAAGACAUUUUUCUGAGCCCUGUCUCUCUCUUUUUUUAGCCCCUUUAACGUUUUUUCGGUUUUGUUUAACGGCAUAACAUGCUAGCUUAAACGCAGCCCUGUCGCAGUUUUAGCCUCGUUUUUUUAGGGGUCGAAACCUGAAACAGGAACAUGGAAAAGGAACUGUCAUCAGAGUCCUCUCCUUGGUUUUGUUGUUGGGAGACAGAGGUGCCUGACUGGAGACUGACUCCUCUUCACGGAUCAUAAAGAGAGCUGAAACUGCAGAUGAGAACAAUGUCUGAUGAGACAGAACAGAGAAUGGGUGACGAGGACUUUGGCUCGGACGAGGAGGGAGACGUGGAGUCUUACCUGGAGGACAACAGCAGUGAGCUCAUGGACCGACUGAGAGAGCUGGAGGCAGAAAACUCUGCUCUGAUGUUGGCCAAUGAGAGUCAGAGAGAAGCGUAUGAGAGAUGCUUGGAUGAGGUGGCCAACCACGUGGUCCAGGCUCUGCUGAAUCAAAAGGAUCUGAGAGAGGAGUGCAUCAAGCUGAAGAUGUUGGUGUUUGACCUGGAGAGACAGAACAGAGCGCUUUGUGAGCUCUUUCAGCAGAAGCUGCCCAACCACCCCACCGCUCACUACCAGGUCCAGGCGGGACCCCUCCCAGACUACAAUGCACAGCUGCACAAUGACUCUGCCAAACAGGUGGAGCCUGCACAGACUGAAGCACAAGCCAAGGGAAAUGGCUACCGCACACAACAUGCCUCCCCAGGGCCUCGUGGAACAGCCGCCUCCAUGGAGGCCCUGUCUCCCUUCUUCAAAAAGAAAGCACACAUCCUGGAGGUCCUUCGGAAGAUGGAGGAGACAGACCCUCUGAAGUUCCAUCCAUCCACCACAAGCUUGUCUUUCUGCGACUACAGCCAGGUGCUCAUGUCCACGGAGGCAGUUUUGGCUUCCGCGGACCCUCUCCCAUUACAGUGCAAAACCCACCACACACACUGCCACUGCUCCCGCUCUGACACUGACACACACCAGCAUGUCAACGGCGACGGUGCAGCGAAGUGUGAGGGAGGGAACACCUGCUGUUUACACUGCAAGAGGAGCCCGGACAGUCCUCCAAAGCCAUGCAACCAUGUCUGUAGUCCUUCUAAAGCCAACUCCGCCACCCAGAGCCAUGUACUUCCUGCAGCUGCUAUAAGCGAAUGUCACAGUAAGAGCAGAACAGAGUCUGUUCCCUCGUCUAAACAAAGCACCAAGAAUGAAGCCCACCAGCAACCAGCAGCCGCCCACUCCUCACUGACGGAGACAGCCGGUCAGAGCCUGGAGGUGAUGGGAGCAGAGCAAGAGCAGGAUAGCUCUGACAACGCUGCCGCUUCUGAAGAGCUCACUGGUUUCUCUGCCACCUCCCACCUGCCCGGUUCUGUGAAGGAGAGCGUGCAGAUCCCUCACUGUGACUUGGAGACAAGCGAUGGUAUUCACAAUGGCCUGGCGCUCAACAACGCCAUGUCGAUUGACCCCUCAGCCGUCCUUGAUAAAGACAGCAUGGACCAAGAGGCUUCAGUGAGAGCCGGUGCCACCGUCAGCCCCAGCCCCUCCUGCCUCAGUGAUGUCAAAGCCGCCGCCAUCAACUCCCCGUCCAAACUGCUCAAGUUCUUGAAGAUCCCCUCGAUAGGCGAGAAGUCUCAGGCUUCAACCUCCGCCGUCCGUCUGAGCCCCCAACUCACCCGCAGCUCCAGGAUCCCCUGUCGCACCAACAACUACGAGGUGUACCACUCUCCUGUUCCCACACGCAGAGCCACCACCACAGAGAGGUGUAGGCAGCCCCCUCCACCACCCUCCAGGUCGGAGUCCUACCCCGCCACACACUCAGCCCCGACCUCCCCCCCGCAGCCUGAAGACGUAUGCUCCCUGCCCGCUAAGGAAAUAAGCUACAGCAGUCUCUCUGCACCUAAAGCCAGCGCAGGCUCAAAGAUGGGCGCUCCCCAGUCCUCCUCACCCAAAGUAUCUCAGAGGGUCCCUCAUUAUGAAAAUGUCUGUAACAUGUCUAGCAACUCUAGAGAGGAGGAUUCGACUCAGAGCCUUGAGAAAAGAACCACACUUCCCUCCCAGAUAAAGGCGAACGGUGGUGAGAGGAAGCUCGUUAAGUCGCUACCAGAAAGUGUCCUCAACCCCCCUCCUCAACGCAAACAGUCAUCCUCGUCCACGUCAGAGUCCACAUCAGAUGAUGAAGAGGAUUCAGACAGCCCGGUGUGGGUCAACCAUCACAGUCUGCCCAACUCCGCCCUCAGCAAAGCCCAGGGCAGAGUCAACUACUCUCAAACCAGAGAGAAACAGGAGGAGAUCACUGUGCAGAGCUCUGAGGUCGCCCAUCCUCUGCCUCCACCCAGGAGGAGCGAUGCCUCUUCCAUCCCCAAGAGGCCUGUGGCUGGGGCAGCCAGAGCCCAGGCUGAUUCCAGUCACCACGCUUUCAAAGACAGGCUGGCUGCGCUGGGAAAGCUGAGGAGCUCUGAGGAUUUACAAGUUGGUCUCAGGCCAAUUGAGACGGUGAAUGAAGGCACGUACGGGGAAGAAAGGUGUAAGACAGCUGAGAGGCCCAUGGAGAUCCAUAAAGAGGAACAGAGACACUCAAAAUUCACAGACUCUUUGGAUGGUAAACCCAAAAGUAGUGGUAGUGGUUUGAAGUACCCGGGGUCCUCUCAGCUGUAUGAACAGGCAGGAAAGUCUCAGUCUUCUGGUGCAGCUGUGGUUAAACAGGAACUGUGUGUGACCAAGACUGAAGGCUCCAAGAGCAAAAUAGGUCUGCCGUCCCCCAACACAGACGCUCCGCAGGUACUACGCAACAACAUCAAGUGUCCUGGUUCCCUGAAUCUGGCCUAUAACCUUAAACCAGGUGUUGGUCCUCACAGUAGCAACAGCCCCAACAAAAUCCCUCCGAAGUCGCCGUCCAAACCUUGCCAGCCCCCGUCCGUCCACAGAGGGGGGAAGCCCUCAGAGGCCCCACGGUACUCGUCCAAAUCAGAGGAGAGGACCAAGAUCAGCGGGAAAGGGAAAAAGAAUCCGAUGUACGGAGACAGCCUGCCACCUCCUCCUCCCAGACCGCCAACAUCAGACGGGGAGAAGCAGGUGCAGCCGGCCCCCAGCCCGCAGUCAGCCAUCGAGCAGAAGGUGAUGAAGGGCAUCGAGGAGAACGUGUUGAAGCUGCAGGAGCAGGACCGAGGAGUACAGAGCACAGAGGUCAAGCAGAAAGCCUCCAACGGCAUCGCGAGCUGGUUCGGCCUGAAGAAGAGCAAGCUGCCCGCUCUGAGCCGCAAAACCGACGGGACCAAAGCAAAGGACGAGAAGAAGGAAUGGAAGAUCAACAUCCCGUCGGUGGGCAGGGACUCUGUGAAAAUGGCCUCCAGGUGUAAAGAAGGAGUGGAAGGUCUGAACAUCUCGACUCUGAUGGAGAAGGCCGAGGGGCUGAGGAGGGCCCUGGAGGAGGAGAGGGCGUACGUGGAGAGGUCAGGCCGGGGUCACUCCUGUGAGGUGGUGAUGGACCAAGCUCAGGGACAGCUGGCUGUCAUGUACAGAGGAGCGCGCUCCGACAACUUCAUGCAGCAGCUGCUCAACAGAGUGGACGGGAAGGACAUGAUCAGCAUGCCACAGCGCCGCCUCUCCUUCGACUGUAAGACCUCCAAGCCGGUGUUCAGCCAGCAGAGCGACAUCAUCAGUCACACCACCAGUCGAGACGACAUGGAGAAGGGAUCAGACAGAAUCGGCAAGAUCACAUCAGACGAGAACCUCGCUGAUUCAGUUCACUCGCAGCACUUCGCAGGUUCUGGUGCUUCCACGUACACUCUGGACAGCGGCAUCGGUACGUUCCCGCUGCCCGACUGCAGCAGCGGUGCAGCAGGACGGGGCCUGUCCAAGACGAGGGCCGGGGCCGAGCACCACUCCUCGGGCUCCCCGGGGAGGGCCGGUCGACGGGCCCGGACGCUGGAGAGAGAUCUGACGUCACAGGAGGAGUGCUACGUGCCUCACAAACAGCUGAUACCCACCAUUCAGUACGGCUCCAUGCUGGAGGGGAGAAGCUCCGCCGGCGUCAUCAGAGAAGGAGAGGCUCAUGGAGCGAACAUGUUUUCUCCUCGCUCCAAGACUUGGACCUUCCCCAACCUGAAGACUCCAGCAGGACCUGCAGAGGUUUACCUGGCAGUGGAGGAGGAGGAGGAGGAGGCGGUGUCCUUCGGAUCACCAUUCAGAGGGGGCAUGAAGGCCGGCGGUCCCUCCUCCAGCCGGGUGGUUGACCCGGGCAGCCUGCCCGUCCCCGCCCAGUCGGGGAUGAGCCGCAGGGGGAAGACUCGCACUCCCAGCGUCCCCGAGAUGAGCCGGGAGCCCGGGCUGGAGCUGCUCAGGGAGCGUCCGGAGGAAGCCAUCUCCCCGAGCCGCCCUCAGGUCCUGGAGACCCCCGAGUCGCUCAGCGAUUCUCUGUACGACAGUCUGUCGUCCUGCGGCAGCCAAGGAUGAUCCAGCCAAUGGCGGGGGAGGACAGAGAGGACUGGAUGCUCAUCUCGUCCACAGACAAUAACACAUCUCCUGGUCGCUGGCUGUACUGUGAUGCUGCUGACCCGCCGCCACCUUUGAGGAAAAGAAACUGUGCCCCGUUGAUGUCCGCGAGAAUAUUGUGGUGAUGAAGCCGUCUCAUCAGCUGUUUCUCUGUUGCAACUGGAAAGGUGGAUCGAUAAGACUUCUCCUCAGGAUUUCCAAUAAACAUGAAGCCAAAAGCCACCCAAAUAAUAUAGGUUGUUCACUUUUUCACAAUCAGACUUGACUGUGGACUCGUCUCUUUAAUUCAUGUGUACAGGACUACAAAACGCAUGGCUAAGCUAAUGAUUAGCACAAAAGUUGUCACUCCUGGUAGUUGUUCAGCAACCUGUCUUUUGUUUUUCUCAUCCUGGUAGAUGGAUCUUUGUUCAGUGCAUCAAUGCAGACGUGACGCGCCGAUCAGUUCUGUACUGUAUCGAUACAUCAUCAUUUCACCACACAAUGUAUUGAAGAAAACAAAACAAAACAUGGAGCUCCUUAAAAAAUGAAUGUUCAUGUCUGUGAUUCUUUAUUGCUAAACUCAUGCAUCACGAUUUUAAAUGUAUAAACGAUUUUAUUGAUCAUGUUGAUAUUGUUUUGCGACCGAGGAAGGUUGUCAGUAUAUGUCUGUUUUAAAUCAUAAUGCAUUUAAAGGUAAUAUAUACCAGCAAUAAUAACAUAGAUAAGAGAAAUGGCUACACUAUUCAAUGAAUAUGUAUUUCUAUUAUUUAUUUAUUUUAAAUGUACAUCAUCUUUUUUUUUUUUUUUUUAAAUCUUUUAUUCUGUGAAAAUUGCAGUCUCUUCGCCUAGUAGAUUAUGUUCAUAUCUUGUAUUUCAACAUCUCUGUUGCUGUUCGUUCCCUAGCCAAUAGAGGUCCUAUGUACCUACUGCCGUUUUUCAACUUUCUAAUUAAAAUGUUUUGAUUUA